AUGAAGUUCUCCGCUUCCGUUGUCCUGGCUGCUGCCCUCGGCGCCUCUGCCCACCCCAGCCGUGUCGGUCACAAGCACGCCCACCGCUCCCUCGCCGAGCGACAGGAGUUUGUCAAGGCCGUCAACCCCGUCACCGUGACCACCACCAUCACCCAGGGCCAGGUCCAGGCCGCCGCCGCCCCCACCGCCGCCCCUUCCUCCAGCAGCAGCAGCAGCAGCAGCGCCACCACCACCUCGUCCGCUGCCGCCUCCUCCACCUCCGCCGCCUCCUCCAGCGGCGGCUCCGGACAGGGCAUCAGCGCCUACACCGAUUUCUGCAGCGGCAACAGCAAGCGUGCCACCGCCGCCCAGAUCGCCUACAAGGGCAACACAGGCACCACCAGCGACUACGGCUGCAACAUGAUGCUCGCCCAGAGCUCCGUCGCCGAGGAGUACGACCACGUCAUCAUCCUUGAGAACGCUUCGGACGAUGAGCAGCAGUGCGUCUGCUUCAACAAGAUCGGCUCCACCGGAGGCAUCAACGGCUUCUUCACCGGCAACGAGGCCCUCAACUUCAAGCUCGCCGCCGGCGAGACUCAGCACGUCGUCGUCGACUCCAACUCCCAGGGCGGCUGCACUUGCGGCGCUGGCGAGGUCACCCUCACCGCGUUCGGCGAGUUCGCUGACACCUGGCUCGAGUUCGACAUGGCUAACGAGUCCAACGACGGAUGGUCUGGCGCUGACGCUUCCUGCCUCGUCUCCGCCGCUGAGGGUCUCAACAUCCCCGGUCUCCGUGUCUGCGACGAGGCCAACGGUAGCGGUACCUGCUCCACCAUCAACCCCGGCGGUACCGGCACCAACGCCUAUCUCGGCGGCAUGGAGGACCUGGACGGUGUCGGUCUCAACAUCCCCGCUGGCCAAGUCCGCCUCUACGUCACCGUUGGCUACAGCUCUUAG